AUGCCUAAUAAAUCGUCUGCAACUAACUUCCUCUUAAAGUCUGAGAAUCUGGGACCAGAGAGUAGACAGGCAGUAACUACACUGGUGGCAGCGUCGGUCGACAUCCCUCCCUUCAAAGAAGGCACCGAUUUCGAUGACUGGCUUUUCUUUGCAAAGGCAGAUCUCGAACUCUACGAGCCUGCUCGGCGAGUACCAUUGCUAGUCCGCGCCUUGCCCUAUGACCUACGUCGGGAAGCAAUGGAUGCGGGUGUCUCACUUUCCUCAGAUAUGGAAGACUGCUGUAAGGUUCUUGUCAAAUUGUAUCUCUCCGGUAUCCACCGGUUACAAAAACCGGAGGGCGAUUUGGUGCAAUUGUAUAGACCAAUCCCUCCGCCCGGAACCCACCGGAAAUUCUACCACCCCUGGAGCAAGGAACCCUACCGGGUAAUCAAAGCCCUGCCGCCCACGAAUUAUAUAGUUCGGAACGCGGAGAUCGCUACUCGGCAUCAAACAGCACACCAUAACAAGAUUAGGCCAUAUACGGGUCCACCCCCAGUAGGUUACGAAGACGAAGUCUAUGCGGUACCAGAAAAAGAAGUUCCGGCAGUUUCGAGGCUUUGUUCCUGCACCUUCUUCAACAUUCCCCUCAAUGGCAGCGAACCUUGCAACACACUUCUCAACACCUUCAUUGUUCAGUUUCGUCCCGCCAAAACCAAAAUCAGAUCGCGAUAA